AUGUCCUGCUCCGCCAUCUUUAUACUCGAUCUGAAAGGAAAUGUAAUCGUUUCCCGUAAUUACCGUGGCGAUGUGGAAAUGUCAUGUAUUGAACGAUUCAUGCCAUUGCUUGUCGAGAAGGAAGACGAAGGUGUUCAUUCACCAGUUAUUCAAGCCGGAGAUAUAAGUUAUACCUUCAUCAAACACAUGAACCUCUACCUUGUGAGUAUAUCGAAGAAGAAUAUGAAUGCUGCCCUUGUUGUCUCAUACCUGUACAAAUGUGUCGAGGUGUUCUGUGAGUACUUCAAAGAUCUAGAAGAAGAAUCUGUUCGUGAUAAUUUCGUUGUAAUUUAUGAACUUUUUGAUGAAAUGAUGGAUUUUGGAUAUCCUCAGACCACGGAGAGCCGCAUUCUUCAAGAAUACAUUACACAAGAAGGCCAUCGACUAGAGAUCGCACCUCGUCCUCCUAUGGCAGUUACUAAUGCAGUUUCAUGGAGAUCGGACGGGAUUAAAUAUCGCAAAAAUGAAGUCUUUCUUGACGUCAUUGAAAGCGUCAAUAUGCUGGCAAAUGCUUCUGGAACAGUUUUACGAAGUGAAAUCAUUGGCUCAAUUCGAAUGCGAGUGGUUUUGAGCGGAAUGCCAGAACUUCGACUGGGCUUGAAUGAUAAAGUUAUCUUUGAACAAGCAUCGGCUGGUGCAAGAGGCAGCCGAAGCGGUAAAGGAGUUGAAUUGGAGGACGUUAAGUUCCACCAAUGUGUACGGCUGUCGCGUUUCGAUGCUGAACGAACUAUCUCAUUUAUUCCGCCCGAUGGAGAGUUUGAGCUCAUGAGCUAUCGUCUUACAACUCAGGUGAAACCUCUUAUUUGGGUUGAAGCUGUCGUCGAAAAGCACACGCACUCUCGAGUCGAAUACAUGGUGAAGGCUAAAUCACAAUUCAAGCGCCAAUCAAUUGCUAAUCAUGUGGAGGUGAUCAUUCCGGUUCCGUCUGAUGCAGACUCUCCGAAAUUCAAGACGAGCGUUGGCUCUGUGAAGUAUGUACCGGAGCUGAAUGCGUUUGUGUGGACGAUUCGCAGUUUUCCAGGUGGUCGUGAAUAUUUGAUGCGUGCACAUUUCUCGUUGCCUUCGAUUGUGAGCGAAGAGGCAGAAGGCAAACCUCCUAUACAAGUUAAAUUCGAAGUGCCUUACUAUACGACAAGUGGCCUUCAGGUACGCUACCUGAAAAUCAUCGAAAAAAGCGGUUAUCAAGCGAUGCCAUGGGUUCGCUAUGUGACACAAAAUGGUGACUAUCAAUUAAGAAUGACAUAG